GUAACGGACAGGGGAAAGGGGACCUUGUGAGACAGAAAACAGAGAAGAACGGGACAGGGUAUCAACGAGAGGGAGUCGCCAAGAGAUUAGCGACCAUGCAGCACUGCAAUCAAAACGGAGGGGGAAGAGCAGAGUGGAAUCUGAUGAAGGCGGUCCGGAAAACGGCACUGACAGGAACGUUUAUGCCAGGGGGGACAGCGGGGCAGAGCAUGGAGGGGGGCGAGAUUAGUUUGAGAGUGAAUCAGGAGAUGGCGAGAGUGUACGUCACGUACCUGCGCGCGCACGCAGUAUUGAUCCGAUUCGAGGGUCCGCUGAGACAAUUCUCAUCGGAACUGAAGGUAGAUCUCGUCGGCCAGUGGGAGGGCACAUGGCCACGACUGGCGAGAGGACGAUUCAAGGGGAGGAUGACUGCGGAGGGGCCCGCAACGAUCCUCUAUUGGGCACCAUCAGCGAUGUUGAGAACGUGGUUGGUGGAAACUCGUAAGGAAGAGAAGGUCAACAUCAAUGGCCAAGAGCAUGUGGCUACCUUUGCACCAUGGAAAACGCCAGUGGAGCUCGAGUGGGAUAGACUGAUGGAGCGCAAGCGCCACCCACCGAGACGAAAAAGCAGACAACGAGAGGGGAAGGUGGGGAAGGGGAGAAAAGGGAAACAAGUGGUGAUGUCCUCCUCCGAACACACCCCGUCCCCGAAGAGGUGUAGAGAAGAGACGGAGAAGGAAGUGCUGCCAUUACCCACGGAGGGGGAGCUGCAGGAGAUUUUAGGGGAGAGCCGAUCGAUCUUAGGCGUACCAGGGAGACGAGGAACCAGGGAGAAGGGAUCUCGCCAGGGGGACAAAACGGGAAGAUUUGAGGGAGAGGAGUCAACCGAAUUACAGGAAAUGGAGGAAAAGAGGGGGGGGAGCGGAAUAGUGGAGGAUGCAGCGGCGAGAGCGGCGGAGCCCACUGAGACAGAUGAAAGAUCGUUGGUAUACCUGGGGGAAGACCCGGGGGGGGGGACAGAGGGGAUGGAACAGGAAGCAACGGGGGGAUCGGGAGGGGAACCGGGUGAGGAGGGAACAGCCGAGUCGAAGAAGUGGGGGAGGGGUCGAGAAGAGAUGCCAGGAGCGAGACGGGCUGCUGGGGAGAAGGGGGGUGUCGAGAAGAAUAGACCGGCGGGCACACACAAUGACACCCCAGCAGGGGUGAUGGACCAAGAGGUGCAAGGAGGGAGAUCAGCAACAGCCUCACAGAGGGAUGCAGGCUCGACGGCGGGCCAGCGACAGUCAGAUGAAAUUGACCUCUUCAUACGUAACAACAGCUCUAUCGGUUUUCCAAGUCGGCAGUUAAGACGUGCUAUUGUUUCCAAGAUGGAAGAGAGGAAGAGAGCAGAGACGGACAAGAGAAGGAGGGGGGGAGAAUUGAAGAAGAAAGGGAAGGAGGGGAAGAAAGGGGAGGAAAAGAAGAAGAUGGGGGAGGAGGGAAAGGGAGCUUCGGAUUAUCAACCACUCGAGGAUAGUGGAAUGAUGGGGAUGAAAAUGCUGCUGGAUAGUCAGAAAAAAGAGUUAAACGAAAUAAAUGCAGAGCUGGGAGAGACGGGAAAGCAAAUGGCAUUCUUGAGAAGGGAACUGGAAGAAUUAAAAAAUAGAGGCAAGGGAAAGAAAAAGAUGGACGAGGAAGGACCGGUGCAACAAAACAAUUUUCAGGAAGAAAGGAUGGAGGAGGAAUUAAAGGAGAAAGAUGAAACACAGCAGAUGGAGCAAGGACACGACAGAGGAGGGAAUUAUGCGGAGGGUGAGGAAAGACAGGAGGGGGAGGAGAGACAAGAAAGGGAGCGGGAACUCGUGGAAAGGAAGGAGGGAAAUAUGGAGGAAGAGAAAAGACAGGAGGGGAUGGCACAAAAGUCAGAGCAACUGCGAGGAUAUGUGCAGUUGCAGGGGGAAAGUCACUGUUACGAACGGAGAGACAGUGUAUUAGAGUGGAUAGAUAAAGAGCAUGUUGAUCCCUCAUCAGAAGAGGAAGAAGUGAAAGAAGAGAAUGAUGGCGAAGAGGGAGAGGAGGAAGAAGAUGAAGACGAUGUAGAAGAGGAAGAAAACGAAGAGGAAAAGGAGGAGGAGAGAGAUGAUGAUAAUGAUGAUAAUGAGAAAGAGGAAGAAGGGGAAGCAGGCGAAGGGGAAAAAAAGGAAAAAGAGGAAGCAGGCGAAGAGGAGGAGGAAGAAGAGGAAGAAGACGAAGAGGAAAAUGAGGAGGAGAGAGAUGAUGAUAAUGCUGAAAAAGAGAAAGAGGAAGAAGAUGAAGACGAUGUAGAAGAGGAAGAAGACAAAGAAGAGGAAGAUGAUGGAUAUGAAGAAGAGGGAGAAAAUGAAAAGGAUAAGGACGAAGAGAAAGAUAAGGAAGGGGGGGAUGAUGAAAACGAUAAAAGAAGGGAAAAGCAAGAGGAGGAAGAAGAGGAUGAGGAUGAAGAGGAAGCUGAGGAAAUGGACGAUAGUGAAAGUGGAGAAGUAGAAGUUGACCUUCAGCAUUUCGUACGCGGAGAAAUCAAUAUUGCCGAAGUCAUUACGUCGGUGUUGAUGCUGGUCGAGGAGUUGACCACGGGUGAAAAAGUGCAAAAUGAGGUGGAAGAUGAGAGGAGAGAAAAGACAGGCGAUGAAGGAUGGGAUUUGGCACCAACGCUUUCCCCAGGAGUAGCAAUGGACCGGCUAGAAAAGCAUAGCACGUUCACACGUCCUUGCGCGUGGAACGCAUCACCGUGCCUGGCGCAAAGAGUGCAACCGUUAGAAAGGAUAACGGAUUACCAUUACAGCAGUUUAGAGCGGAGCGUCGCUGUUAAUCAAAUAAUAAUAGGCAUAUCGGAUGGCAAUGAUGUCGGGGGCUAUAGCGUUUGUGCGAGUAUUUCAAAAAUAAUCCGGUGGGCGACAAUAGGCGAGAACAAAGUUAUCCCAUGGUGGUUACACAAUUUGUCGAAAGGUCAUGCCACGAUGGCAGACGGGAAAACGGUCGGACAGGUGGGCAAGGUGGCAUAUGAAGCGCUUGAAAAGUUAUCGUUGCAGACCGGCGCUCAAGCGAAUCUGUACUGGUGGCCAUGUUUUCGGAUCCCGUUGCGCGACAAUGAAGACGGAGGAGUCUAUGCAGACGCCGGUGCGAUAGACGACAAAGCGGCUAAAGGAAUAAUUCGAGGCGCAUUGAACCCCGAGAGGUGCUUAGAUAGGAAACCUGUCAUUGUCGUGCUGCGCUUAGUGCAAGGGGCUCCAAACGUCAUAGUUGAGGAAGCUACAAAUGCCACAGUAGAGGAGGAGAACAACCAGAACGGGUGUUUGCCUACAUGGGGAUUAAACGGGGCGGCUGAUGACGAUUGUGAGAAAAUAAGAGAAGAAGUGAUGAAGAUGAAAAAGGAGAAUGCGGAAGAUAUGAAAUUGCAUGUAGUCGUCUGCUCGGACAUUGCUGGCGGUGUGGCAACUGUUCGGUUAACUGCCAUUAGGUUCGAGGAGUUUGCAAUUCGUGUCUGCGAGAUUUGGGAACCGAUAGUGAGCAGCGUAUCAUUGAGCGAGGAGAGAGAAGAUCUCUUGGCAACAGAACACGAUACGCAGCAUGGGAGGUCGAGGAAUACGGAGAACAAUGAGAGCGUAGAAAUACGUAAUCGACAGAGGAAUAUUGAGGAAGGGAGCAACCGACAAGGAAGAGGAGAAGGGAGCGCAAGACGACGACAUACCGUCGCAGGAGGAGGGAAUGUGGCAAGAGAACCUGCCAGGGAAGGAGAAGGUGAAAGGAUGGGAGUGCCUGCUACGGAAGGAAACCGUACGCAAAGGGGAAGCCGAAGAAGAAGAGAAAACUGGGAAGGGAGGUCGAACGUCUCGCUAGAGCCUCUGCUACCCACAAACGUUCAAGCGGAGAUGCCUCCUGUUUACAAUGGUUCGUGUCCGUGUUUGCACGAACACGCUGUAACAUGGAAACCUCAUGUGUACAGCAGCUCAACAACGGCUGCAAGAUUGGCUGUCGUGUCGGCGGUGAGCAGAGGUGCAACAGUAGAGGGGAUGCUGAACAACCUUGAUCAUUUUUCGGCACAGUGGAAGGUGCUGCUGCCCGUUAAGAACGAGAUUUCUAAAGAGAGGGGUGCAGUAGAAGCUGCAGAGGAGCUGAGAAAGGAAAUGGGCGAAAAACUUGACGUUGCGGAAUUCCCACAGCAAAGGGGUGAGAGAGCAUUCGACAUUAUCAGCAGUUCGUGGUUUCAAACGUGGAGAAACUUUUGCAAGAGUUUGUCUUUGAACGUGUGUGUGAAUAAGUUUGAGCAGGAGCGAGAAUUAAGUUUCACGGAGGAUGUCAUUGAGCUUGUGAACUUACACUUAUGGAAAGGGAUGGAACGACCAUGGGAGUUUAAGAAAAAGCGGUCGAAGCGAGAAGAGGAUUCAGGUAAAACAACUCGAAAAGCGAGAGAGUUGAUGCGAGGUUCGUUGACGGGAGGAAGGAACCGCAAACGAAGACGUGCUGCAAGUAAUAAUCCGCGAAGACGACGAUCUUUUGAAGGGCUGGCCGAGGAGGAGGAGGAGGAGGAGGAGGAGGAGGAGGAGGAGAAGGAGGUCGCGAAUGAGGAAGAAGUAGGGGAGGUCGAGGAGGAAGAGGAGUCGGGGGAGGUUGCAGAGGAGGAAGAGGAGGCGGGGGAGGAAAUGGAGAAUCCGGAGGAAGAGAUUGUGGAGGAGAACAAUGAGGAUGAGAUGGUGAUCGAGGAAGAGGAGGGAGCAGAAGAGGAGGAGGAGGAGGAGGAGGGCAAAAAAGAGGAAGGAGAAGAAGAAGAGGAGGAGGAGGGAGAAGAAGCGGAGGAAGUGGAAGAGGAGGAGGAGGAGAGGAGAGAUGAAGAAAAAACGAAAGGAGAUAAAGAGGAGGAGGAAGAGGGAGGAGGACAGGGGGAAUUAGAAGUGGAGGAGGAUGGGGAAGAAGAGGAGGAGGAGGAGGAGGAGGACGAGGGGGAAGAGGAGGAGGAGGAGCCGGCCGACGAAGGAGAGGAGAUGUAUGAGUUCUGCAAUAAAAAUGAUGAAGUGGCAGGAGCGGGGGAAGACGUUGAAGGAUACGGCGGAGGAAAGAAAGUAACAGAUUUAGCAAGUAACAAUGAGGUACCGAAUGUGAGCGUGAGGAAUGUAAUUGGUAUGAGAGGGAAGGUACAUGACAGAAGAAUGAUGAAGGAUGGAGAGGACCACAAUAUGGAGGGAUUUUUGGAAGGUACACGUGGACGUGGACAGGAAAGAAAAACAGAUGUAUACAAUCGUGCGAGUGAGACCGAAGAAGGCUCGGAAUUGCAAGGAAAUAUCAAUAUUCGCAAUUUGUCAUUUCUAUUUGGCAAGUUUUGAGAAGAAGUGAGGGGGAAGAAGCAUGCGGAGGCGAGUGUAGAUAUACUGACGUGCGAGUACAGGAGGACAAGAUUGCGGGGUGUAAAAAGUUGAACAGGCGCGGUGGAGAGGUGACGAGUGGAGAAAGUGUCGGGAAAAAUGAUAUGAUUGGCAUGAAGAAGAAGGAUGUCAUACAAAACGCAGGCGCAACAUUUGUUUGAGGUGGGUGGUACUCGGCCGAGGUAAAAAAUAUAUCCAUGCGAAAGUCCACAAUAUGUAUGUUUGUUGAUGGUAAAUAGUUAUGGGAAGCGAGAACUUAUAUUUGUUUAGUUCGAGCGUUACGAUUGAAGUACUUCUUAUAAUAAAUAUGGUUAUGUAUGUUGUGAUAAGAAUGUAAACUUAAAUAAGAAAUGUAAUCAAUAUGAGAUUGAAGC